GCUCCGCGCGCGCCGCGCGACCCCCCGGCACCGGCACCGCGACCCGGGCGGCGGCCGCGGGACCACCCGGACCCACCGGGACCCACCGGGACCACCGGGACCCCCCCCCGGCCACCGGGAACACACCCCCGGGGACACCCCCGACCACCAGCCCCCCCGGGCCGGCCCAGCGCAGGCGCGGCCCCUCCUCCGCCCCCCGUCCCCUCCCCGGUGCUCGCCCCCCUCGCACGAUGAGCGGGGCCGGGCGGGGCCGCGCGGAGCCCGCGGGCCGGGGCGAGGCGGACGCGGAGAUGCCGGCCACCGAGAAGGACCUGGCGGAGGACGCGCCCUGGAAGCGCAUCCAGCAGAACACCUUCACCCGCUGGUGCAACGAGCACCUCAAGUGCGUCCAGAAGCGGGUGGGCAACCUGCAGACCGACCUGGGCGACGGGCUGCGCCUCAUCGCCCUCCUCGAGGUGCUGAGCCAGAAGCAGAUGGGCCGCAAGUACAACGCGCGCCCCACCUUCCGCCAGAUGCAGCUGGAGAACGUGUCGGUGGCCCUCGAGUUCCUCGAGAGGGAGAACAUCAAGCUCGUCUCCAUCGACAGCAAGGCCAUCGUGGAUGGGAACCUGAAGCUGAUCCUGGGGCUGAUCUGGACCCUCAUCCUGCACUACUCCAUCUCCAUGCCCAUGUGGGACGAGGAGGACGAGGAGGAGGCCAAGCGCCAGACCCCGAAGCAGAGGCUGCUGGGCUGGAUCCAGAACCGGCUCCCCCAGAUCCCCAUCACCAACUUCAGCAAGGACUGGCAGAGCGGGAGGGCACUGGGAGCACUGGUGGACAGCUGUGCCCCCGGGCUGUGCCCCGACUGGGACUCGUGGGACCCCAGCAGGCCCGUGGACAACGCGCGGGAGGCGAUGCAGCAGGCGGACGAGUGGCUGGGCAUCCCCCAGGUGAUCACCCCCGAGGAGAUCGUGGACCCCAACGUGGACGAGCACUCGGUGAUGACGUACCUGUCCCAGUUCCCCAAGGCCAAGCUCAAACCGGGGGCCCCCCUGCGCCCCAAACUCAACCCCAAGAAGGCCCGAGCCUACGGCCCAGGGAUCGAGCCCACCGGGAACAUGGUGAAGCAACGGGCCGAGUUCACGGUGGAGACCAUCAGCGCGGGGCAGGGGGACGUGCUGGUCUACGUGGAGGACCCCGCCGGGCACCGAGAGGAGGCUAAAGUGGUGGCCAACAACGACAAGAACCGGACCUUCUCCGUGUCCUGUCCCAAAGUCACCGGCACGCACAAGGUGACGGUGCUGUUUGCGGGGCAGCACAUCGCCAAGAGCCCCUUCGAGGUGCAGGUGGGGCGGGCGGCCGGCGACGCCGGGCGGGUGUCGGCCCAGGGCCCCGGCAUCGAGCCCACGGGCGUCGUGGCCAACAAGAGCACCUACUUCGACAUCUUCACUGCCGGCGCAGGCCCGGGUGAGGUGGGGGUCUCCAUCACGGACCCCGGCGGGCGCCGCGGGGCGGUGGAGCCGACGCUGGAGGAUCGCGGGGACGGGACCUGGCGCUGCACCUACAGACCCCAGAGCGAGGGCCCCCACACCGUGAACGUCACCUUCGGGGGGGUCCCCAUCCCCAAGAGCCCCUUCAGCGUCACCGUGGGGCAGGCCUGCAACCCCGGGGCGUGCCGGGCCGUGGGCCGGGGGCUGCAGCCCAAGGGGCUGCGCGUCCAUGAGCCCGCCGAGUUCAAGGUGUUCACCAAGGGCGCCGGCAGCGGGGACCUCAAGGUCACCGUCAAGGGCCCCAAGGGCCCCGAGGCCGUGAAGCAGAAGGACCUUGGGGACGGCACCUUCGGGUUCGAGUAUUUCCCCACCGUGCCCGGGACCUACACGGUGACAGUGACCUGGGGGGGACAGCACAUCCCCCGCAGGUGAGGGAAUGGGGGCACUGGGGGGCACUGGGGGGCACUGGG